ACAAACUUACUCACCGGGGGUUAAAAAAUUCCUUUAACAUGAAAUUUUUAUUUCAGUCUUCCUUCGAUUGUGAUUAAGAGAGUGAAAAAAUGUUAAAAAUAGUCAACGAAACAAGCAAAAUAUGACUAAAGAAAUCGAAGAUUCGUUAGACUACAGUACCUUAGAUUUCCCAGAAGACCGCAUUUGGUUUCGUAUUCCAGAAUGGGAAGUAAUUCUAAAAGUGACGACAUUUGUUCCGGUAAUUGUGUUCGGUAUUGCAAGCAAUUUGAUUAUAGUUUAUCUAAUUAUUCAAAAUCGUGCUCUACGAACCCCAACUAAUAUGUUGAUUGCUAACAUGGCUGUAGCCGAUACAGCGGCUCUUCUAAUUUGUCCAAUAAUGUUUAUGUACAAUGAUUUCUUUCAAAAUUAUAUGAUGGGACCUUUUGGAUGCAAAACGGAAGGUUUCUUGCAAGGGUCUUUGUUAAUAACUGCGGUAUUAAAUCUAUCGGGGGUGAGCUAUGACAGACUUACAGCUAUUGUUCUACCUUUGGAAGCAAGAUUGACAAUAAAGGGUGCCAAAGUAGUGAUGGUGGUAACUUGGCUGAUAGGAUUUGUGAUUGCAACACCUUUGGCAAUCUUUAGGAUUUAUAAGGUACGUUUAUGGAAGAACUUUAGAGAAAGUUACUGCAAGGAAAACCAAUAUAUUCUACCAAAAUAUUGGUACUUUCUUAUAUCGGCUCUAGUUUGGUUUCCAUUGGCUGUAAUGGUAAUAUCGUAUACAGCUAUACUAAUCAAGCUUGAUUUGUAUGAAAAGAAAGUCCUAAGUAGAGAUCAUCCUUUAAACGUGUCCUACAAAAAGACAGCUGCAAAGACUAUGUUUAUUGUUGUUGUUGUGUUUAUUGUUCUACGAGUUCCAUUUACGGUCUUGGUUUUUAUUCGAGCUGAUCUCUUAGGCACUUAUACUGGGGCAACUAACAACUAUCGUACCCUAUGGUACAUAGCUCAUUAUUUGAUGUUUCUUAAUGCUGCAGUAAAUCCAAUCAUUUAUGGAUAUACAAAUGAUAAUUUUCGACGAGCUUAUGAUCAAACUCCAAUGUUUAGGUGUUUUUCUCGAACAAGAAUUACCAAAAAAUCAACAGAGAAUGAUAGACGAAGAAACUCAUCCUGCUGCUGUUACAGACUUUGUAAUUUGGCCAAUUUUCGUAGAACCAAUAUAGAAAUGAAUAUGAUAGUAACAAAGACAACAAGAAGUCCAAUUGGAGUAAGGGCAAUUACCAAGGAAACUAUGAUAGAUUCAAGACAAACUUUUAAUUACAUACACGAUGUAAAUGAAGUUGAUAAUGGAUUUAUUUAACUUGUUAAUCUAAAAUAAAUUAAGUUCUAUUUAGAGUCAUAUUAUUUGAAAAGUUUUUCACGUUUGAAAAACUCCCCGUAUUUUGUA